UUGACUAGGGGUUUGAUGCUCAUAUUAAGUAAUUGGGCUUGCAGUAGAACUGGUGGAUAGCCCAACCGGUUAAACGCGCUCUGCCGAGCCGACAUAUUAUAAUCACCCCACGUUUUGGCGAUAAGGAAGCUCUCGUUAUCAACGCACUCUUAAUGCCGAGUUGCGCAUAUAUAUCCCUGGAACCAACAGCCAUUGUAGUUGGUAUUUUAAAACAUAGUUCUCCUUUUCCUCCAAAACGCAGCCAAAAUGAUUGAUUGGAAAGCUCUAGCUACAGAGAAACGGAAUUCCGUAAAUUCCUUGAUUCCUAAGCCAUGGCGCCUGGAAUCUCCCAUCCCUCCCGCGUCAGAGCAAAGAGAUGUCACCGGCAAAUUCAUUCAACAAUUUCUAUCCCCUCGAGAGAUUGAAAUUACGGAAACCGAUGCUGUAGGCAUUGUCAAAAAUACAACGUCUGGGUCAUGGAAAGCCCGAGAAGUUGCAGAGGCCUUCUGCCACAGAGCAGCCCUCGCUCACCAAAUGGUCAACUGCCUCCACGAAAUAUUUUUUGAUGCUGCUAUUUCCGAUGCUCAGAAGCUCGAUGAUUAUUAUGCGGAACACAAGAAGCCAAUUGGACCCCUUCAUGGCCUACCCGUCAGUCUAAAGGAUCAAUUCCACGUCAAAGGAGUCGAGACUACUAUGGGAUACGUAGGCUGGAUUGGUACAUUUGAAGGCAAGAAGAACACCGGGAAGGAGAAAAUCUUUGAAAGCGAAAUGGUUACGGAAUUGAGAGCCCUCGGCGCUGUCUUGUAUUGCAAGACGAGCGUUCCGCAUACUCUGAUGGCUGGCGAAACAGUGAACAACAUUAUUGAUUACACCUGGAACCCGAAGAAUCGUCUUCUUGCUUCUGGGGGAAGUUCGGGAGGAGAGGGUGCUUUGAUUGGACUGAAAGGGAGCCCUGUGGGCUUUGGUACAGAUAUCGGUGGCAGUAUUCGCAUCCCUGCUGCAUUCAAUGGCUUUUAUGGAAUUCGCCCAUCCUCAGGGCGUCUGCCAUACGAGGGAAUGGCCAACAGUAUGGAUGGCCAGAACUCUAUCCUUUCAGUCGUCGGACCCCUUGGAACUUCCGUGGGCUCCCUGAAGUUAGUGAUUAAGAGCCUUCUUAGUCAGCAGCCCUGGCUUCACGAUCCAUUAGUUUCUGAGAUACCUUGGCGUGACGAGCAAGAGCAGGCUAUCUUUGAUAUAGUCAAGUCAAGUGGAGGUGGUCAGCUCGCGUUUGCUGUCAUGAAGAGUGAUGGAAUAGUUCAGCCUCAGCCACCUGUUCUAAGAGCAAUCGAGAUGGUGGUAAAAGUUAUUGAGAAGCUUGGGCAUAAAGUCAUUGAGUGGAACCCCCCCUCCCAUUCCCGAGCAGUUGAUUUAGCGUACAAAACAUGGGUUUAUGACGGGGGCGCUGAUGUUCAUGAUGCUUUUGCCCUCUCUGGCGAACCUAUGUCUAAUCAAAUUAAACCGGCUUACGGUACUCGGAAGGCCGAGUACACCGCUUCUCAGAUUGCGGCUGUGAAUAUCCAGAAACGCGAAUACCAAAAGGAAUAUAUGGAAUACUGGAAUUCCACAUCCGCCCUGACAGGAACGGGUCGUCCAGUCGAAGCAAUUAUUGCUCCCGUGGCCCCAUUCCCUGCUGCCCGGCCUGAGAUGUACACUUAUUACGGCAUGAGCACAUGGGUCAAUCUGCUUGAUUAUUCGGCUGCCAUCCUGCCUGUCACCCAAGUGGAUAAAAGUAUUGAUGUUAUAGACAAGGAGUACAAGCCAAUGAAUGAACAUGAUGAGAAGGUUUACUCAAGCUAUGAUCCCGAGAUAUAUGACGGGGCCCAUGUCUCAAUUCAAGUUGUGGGACGACGGUUCCAGGAGGAGAAGGUACUGGCGCUCACCGAGAUCUUAGGUGACGCUUUGGGGAAGCACAUUGCUUGA